AUUUCCCUUUGUCAUUUUUCAGCUCCCAAUCCAGACGCUACUAUGGAUGACAACCGUGUGCUUGCUGGCGGGAUCGGGAAAAGGAAGAAGAAAAUGAAGAGGAAUCCAAAAGUUGAUUCACCCACCACUACUGCUCCACAACCCGAACCUGCACCGACCGUUCAGCAACCGGAGCCUAUUCAGCAAUUUUCUGGUCAGGAUCAUUAUGAUGCCAUGAUAAUCGAUGACCGCUUUGGUUCUGAUCAGCCGCAUCAGUUUUCCCAACACUUUGAUUCCGUUCAGGGGGAAAUCUCGAACGUAGGCGGGAAUCAUACCGACCAUAUCACUGGUCAGGUCGAACGGAUCUCUUUAUCGGAUCCUGUUCAUGAGGUGCUAGAGAGAGCUGGUUCUACCACGAGCCAGAUCUGGUCAACAUCUUCUUGGUUCAACAAUUCCUCUCUUCCCCAGUUACCGGUCGAGCAAUCCGAAGAAUGCCUGACCUUGACCGCACUGAAGAUGGGUUUGUAUACUUUGCAAAUGCGGGAAGCCCGUCUGGCCAAGGAACGGGAAUUAAUCGUUGCUCAAUCCUCUGCUGAGCAAACUGCUGCUGCUGCCAUCACCUCCCGGGAAGCUGAAUGGAAGGCUUUUGCGGAGGAAAAACAAAGGCUGGAUACUGAGCUUGGUACCCUUCGGGUCCAACUUGCUGCUUCCCAAGCUAAGGUCAUUGCUGCCGAGGCUGCACAAAUCAAGUUUGAGGAGAUGCCUUCUAGCAUCCCGGACGGCCCAUAUGAGGUGAAUGUGGAUCUAUCCGCUGUCCGGGAAGCCUUCAAAUCCUCCGAUGAAUUCUCCAUCAUCAAGGAUGAUCAUGCUAGGACGCAAAUCCCGUUCGCAUUUGGAGCGUACCUGAAGGGGUUUCCUAGGGGUGCUGAUCGGCUUUCGGCAGGGGUGGCUCUUUUGGAUAAGGAUCCUGAGAGCAAGAAAUGGAAUGACUCCAUUGUUGCAUAUCUCUAUGCCAAGAUCGGCCAGGUCCUGCUACGUCCUUUUGUAGCCCAACUCCAAAACAAUAUUGGGAGGCCGGUUCAGGUUUCUGAUCUUCCCCAGGAUGAAAUCAUACAAGCUCAAUUUGAAAAAUUCCAGCGAGAUCUGCAACGAGAAGCUGAUCGGGCUGCUGGGAGAGAGCCUGAACCCCCGUCUGAUGAUGAUGAAGACGAGGAUGAAGAUGGAGAGGAGAUGGCCCCUGGCCAAUAAUCUAGAUGUUUAACUUUUUAUUAAUCAUUGUAAUUCUCUUUUCUUCAAGUAGUUUGUAUUUCCUGGCCUGUAGAGCCGAUGAAUACAGAUCUUUUGUUUUGCACAAAACAUCUUAUACUGUCUUUUUUGCGUUUAUUGAAUGAUUGCUC